AUGGCUCCCCGUCCCGUUUCCAUUGAAGAAACAAGGCGACGUAAACGCGAGUGGGUAAAAGCUAAGAGGAAGCGGCAGAUCCAACAAGACCAAGCCCAGAGUCCAGAAUAUUGUGCCCAGGAACAGCAAUCCGAUGGCGGAAACAUCUCUGGCCAAGCUUCGCAACAGCUUCCACGGAAUGCCCCUUGCGCUGCUUCGGUGGCCAUCGGAUCAAGGAGUCAGAACCAUGAGACAAUUCGGUCACUUCCGCAACAGUCACGAGGAAACGGCGACUCAAAUAUUGCUGAGAGGCCGUAUACACCAAUUGACCGCACUCGAGCAGGAGAUAGAACCCACGCCGAAGCCAGUCCAAUUUUUCAAGUAGCCAGGAGUAAAAGCCAAUAUCGAACGCCAAGCUUCAAGCUCGCAUUGUUUCCGAUGGCUGAACGACCAACAAAUAAAGAGGGACUGGAAACUGGAAACGCUACGUCCGUCCGAGAUUCUUCUUCACGCAGCCCGUCCCGUGGUCGUGGGGAGUUAUAUCACAGUCCCAGUUCCCGACGGAGCUCGGUAUUGGCGAGCAACUUGUCAGACAGUGCUGGGCGACGCCAGCGCUCUGAGUGCGGAACAGGAAAAGCGACAGCGGCUGACUACGUUAAACAAGCUCGAGAAUCCCCUAUCCCUGAAAUUGCUGGCUUGAAUCUACAUGAUGGACCUAGCACUGCGGCUCUGGCUGUGGAUGAAACACUGCAGCAAGAUGUAUCUGAUGCCCCAUCGGGAUCGGUCUAUACACCAUCCUCUCCUGAAUCUGUUGUUGAUACAAGCAUUGGCGACAACCAUUACGGCUUCCGCCCGAGUCCCACGCCGGGAACACCCACGAAUACGGCCAGCGGCUUCGCACCAGAAGUCUCGGGAAACGAGCCCGGUGUUACUUAUCUGUCACUGCAGAGCUCGCCGGCUACGGAAGAUGAGGACAGCGCUUUUUUGCGUUGGGCUGGCUAUAGGGCGGCACCAACGACGAGCCAGCCAUCGAAUGCGGCUGCCGAUCCUGUCGUCAUCCGCUACAUGCAAGCCGCCCACAGGCAAGAAACCAGAGGCGGACCCGACUUUUUGGAUCUCCAGGCGAAGGUAUACGAUGAAAUAUUCCAAAAAGUCUUUGGUCUACAAUGUGACUGUUCGGAGCCUAGAGAGCUCGGAGAGCCUCAAGGAGCCCAUACUCUGAACGAGAGGACCCAAUACCUUCAGCAAUCUCUCCCGUCUCUGGCGGAUGUUUUUUCUCCCACUGGCUCGUAUGAUCCGCGCGCAUACUUCCGACGCUGGUGUGAGUUCUUAUCGCAUCAGCCAACUGAACCGCUUUCGUUUCGGAAGACGCAGAGCACUAUUGGUCAGCCGUCAGUUACGAUCGCGAAGAAGAAUGACAUUGACAGUUGCUGGGUGGCCCCCAAGACGCUUGAAGCGAUCCAGGCUCCCAAUGACUUCCGUCUUACGUUUCUUCCACGGUUCAGCCUCAAUCUGUCGACUGACCAGGUAGUUCAACCACAUGGUUUAGACCUGGCGAGGACACGCCAUAUUCCUCUGGGUACGUUUCAGGCUGGCAGUGUCCGCUUUCAAGUGUUUGUCUUCUUCCCCAAAUCAGCCGAUAACCCACGCUCAAUAACGUCCGCCUCAUCUAAUGCACUGUCACUGGAGCGCCAGAAGGAUUUCUACGACCAGAUCGUCAUUCCCGCGGCAUAUGAGAGCAUCGAAGAUCCCGAGCGCCAAGAAAUCCCACGAUCUUUUUCCAUUGUGUAUGCAAAAUCACAUACUUUCCAAGAGAAACCCAGCAUCAGUCGAUGGAGUGCAGACGAUGACAGCCGCGCGCAUCAGCUCUCGUUCACCAUUCCGGCUCGUAGCUUGGGUCGAUUCUGGGCUUCCGUUGUAGAAAGAUCAGACAGCGUGAAAGUCAAGACCCAAAGAGGAGUUGAUGUAGCCUAUUUUGAACGUCCGCGCCUUCUAUUUCAAGCCCAUGACCUGAAGAACACCUUUGCAAGCCCAAGCCUCAAUGAGACCCUUGGCCUCUUCCGAGACACUGUCAUGGCGGCGCUCAAUCCCGAAUAUUUGGACAUGCGUUCUUGCUGGAUUGACAUUGGUGCCCGGUACUACGUCACAGGUUUGCGCGGCAGACCGCUGGCAGAAACUGAAGCCUACACGCUUGAAUGGAAGAGUCAAUGCAACCGUUCCCUCCAUGAGCGACUUGAGAAAAUAGCGCCCGAAUCCAACCUCAUGGCAGCCUACUACCGAUCCUUUGCUCUCCGCGAUGUUGGUAAUCUGGUGUCAAAGACAAAACGAACAAGCGCCCCAAACAUUGGCCAUCCAGACUCUCGGAAACUUGGUGUCUGCCGCUUCAAAGCUUAUGAUUGUGGGAAAGACCUCUUCAAGGACGUGGGCAAUAAGUAUUGCCUGUUCAGCUCACCCUCCCUACCUCAGCUCGCCCUUGAUCAAAACAUGAUUCAAGACCUUGAUUCGAUGACGAAGUCCCGCGCCAACAUGUACACAUCCCAGCACAGUCGAGAAUCCAUAUUUCGUGCAUGGGAAGCGAACAAGCGACACAUCAAAGCUAUCUCGGACCCACAUGCCUUGACGAACUACGGAAUUCGGAAAGAGGCGACGUUCCGACUGGACACGAUCUUGACGAUGUGGAACGACGGAUACUUUGAUCCAGAGCGGAGCCCCCAUGCUGGGCCUAUUUGUCUGACAGUUCCCCUGGACCCGGGCCCGGAUGAACACUACCCUUUCUGGAUUGUUCCAACCCGAGACAUGAAUGCACUGAUCUUCACCCAGGCGGCCCGUCUUAUUGUCCCACUGGAUCAUCUCUUCCAGGAGGCAUCGUUGCCCAGCACGGAUCAGUCAAGCAGCCCUGUGAGCCAUGCCGACCGUUCGAUACGACGAAUAUUUGCUUUCUACACAGCCCAAUUACUAUGCCGGCUUCUUGAACAUGCUUUUAGCAGCGAGCGAGAGUUCAAUUACGACAACUGGAUUUGGUGCUCUGACUGGAGAGUCCCACAAGGGCUAAGCGUAGCCAAAGUACGGACCGGGCUGGGCCUGCGAGAACCGAUAGAUAAGUCCGGGAUGUUGUGGAUUCCUCCGGCCAUCAUGGACUGGCGACGGGGACAUCUUGCGCUGGCGACGUUGGUGGAGCUGCAUAUUCCGCGUAGUCCACUACAGAUUCCACUCGCGUCGCAGGCGAACAUUCAAGCAUUGACGACUACUCAAUUAACCGUUGAAUUCUUGCUGCAAGAGUGGAUUCAUGACGCACGACAAGCCUUUGACGCCGGGCAACGCGAGGAGGGACAAGCUUUGGCAGCCCGUGUUAUUAAACUCGCCGCUGAAGAAAUUGCCCGCUCAUACAACCAGCACCUGCUAUGCAAGAUCCGCUCCUACUGGGAGCGAGUGCGAGUUGAUUUGGGGCGCAAUAUCCUGCCAAGUCUCUCCCGAUUGCUGGAAGCUGAGGAAGACGUUGCAGCAGACAGAAGCCGCAUUGUAACUGCCCAAACGGUUCGGGACAUCUAUAUGCAGGCUUGGGAUGCAUAUUCCUUAAUAGUAAAUUCCGAUGAGCUUGAGACCUCCACCAUGCCCAGCGAGCUCCCUUGUUGGAUGACGACGAGGAAAUAUUUGCCACCAAAAGACAGUUGGUCGGGAUUUGUGUUUUCCAACCUCUUCAGCCGUCCAGACCCGCCAAAGUGGGAUAGAAUCACAUUUCUCCGGAUUUACCGCACUUUCAAGGCCUUCUGGGAGCCCAUCAGUGCAUAUAUGGGAUCAUUUGACGGGAAAUUUAAGCGAAUCAUCGGCAGAUGCAUCAUGGUGACCUUCAACAGCGAUCAAGGCAAGGAAGUUGGCACCAAUCGUACCCGGGGCACUUGGUAUGAUGGUCAACCAAGUUUUUUUCAGAUGCAAUAUUGGGCCCCUUACUUCUCGCCUCCAGAAAGCAACCGAAAAUUACGUGUGGCUAGUAUUCCCGGUCAAGUGGAUGUGUCACACGAUGCGGCACCCACAAUACCAAGCGCGCAAGAGUUUCACAAUCUUCAGAGCUGGUUGGACCUGCAUCGCAAGAAAAUUAUGGCUCGAGAUGACGAGCUGUGUGCUGGUGACUUGGAGCUGCUCAACAGGCGAUACCGGGAGAUACUGCGGCGCUUGGUCCAGUUAUCUGGCCCGGCUUGGAUAUAUGGCCCAAAGAGGCUGUACCACGUUGUGCCAUGGAAGCUUGGCUCGAAUGACUCGUUCCGCGUUCCUGGCCCGCGCAAACAUGUGUCCGAGAGAUUGCUUAGCCAGCCUACGGUGCUGCUUCCCACUAGGGACAAUGUAAUGUCGUUAAUUGACGCCAUGAAAUCCUUGCCGGACUUGGACGAAAAGUCUGUAUUGCAAUUUAAAUGGGCCAUGACACGACUACAUAACGACGGGAAGCAGUACAGCAUCCGUAGUCACCUUGAGAGCAAGAAAGUUGCGUCAGCUGAGUUGAGUGAUCAAUCUCCAUCGCUUCUGCAGCAAUUUUUGGCCCAGACUGAGCCACCGGAGCGAUUCGUGACUGCCAGCCGUGGAGUCGAGCUGGAACCAGAGGCGGGCGACAUUGACAUCGAUACCGAUAUCGAUAUCGACAUCGACAUGGACGAGGAUUGCGCAGACGCAGAUGUCGACGGUGCAGAUUCAUCAGAUGACCUCGCCAGCCUGGCGUUCAUGUCAGGUUGA